GCGCGGUUCUAAUUGGGAAGCAGCACUAUACCAAACGAGGAGCUUGGUGCAGCCAGUUUAUUGGGGGAUGGGAUAAGUGUGGACUCAGACGCUGAUUAUAUUGCAUGGAUGGUUAAGGAGAAAAGAGAGCUGCUGCACUAAAAUCCAGCUCUGCUUCUUUUUUGAUAAUAUCUUUCCCAGACCUUGCAUCCAGGCCUCCUCUUUCCCUAACUAAAGGAAACUACGUAGACUCUCAUCUGCUGAAAGAGUUGACAUGAACGAAACAAGCAGCUCUCCUUUUCCCUCCGCCUCCUACACUGACAGCACAGACAAUCCUACUUCUCCAGGGCUCAAAGCAGUGGAUCUAUCUUUGAAUGGCAACAAUGCUGGGGCUCUCAGGAAAGAAGCUAAUUCAUGGAAAAGUGCUGACCUGCCCAAAGCUAUUGAUGAGGGCCAGGGCUUCGGGAGUCAGCAAAACAGCAAUGGGACUGAGCAUCUGGGAACAACAGCAGAGCCAGCAGCAUUAAGGAAUGAAGUGCAGAGUGUGGGGAGAAUGCAGGAGCAGCCAGAUAGAGAAUGCAGUGCAUCCUUUGGGAACUCCAGCUUCAGAAACACAUCAAAUGGCCUGCUAACAGAGUCAGGACAGCAAGGCAGCAUGGAGGGCAAGAGAAGUGUAACGUCUGCUCAUGCCAAUGGAAUCAAUGGCCAGUUGAAAGAGAAUAAAAGCAUGACUACUAACUUAGCCAAGGAGGACAAACACCCUCCACAUCUGCUAAAGGAAAGGGCUGCAGGUUCGAGCAAGCAGUCGACAGAAGAUGAAUCCACAAGAAACGCAAUGGGAGAGAUGGCACAUGCCGAAGUGAACCCUGAGAAAGAGAUGGUUCAGUUACGUGACAACCGUGAUGGCUUCAGCUCCACAUUCGAGAGGAUUGUGGAGUCUCAUCUGAUGAAAGACACCUACUACAGCAGCAUGGACUCUCUGGACGUGCUGUCCCUGACCGAUGAGACGGACAGCUGCGUCAGCUUCGAGGCGCCCCUCACCCCGCUCAUCCAGCAGAGGAUCAAGGAGGGGCCAGAGCUCCUGGAGCAGCAUCAUGGGAUCCUGGAGAAGCAGCAUGAGGUCCUGGGGCAUGAGCAGGAACCGGGCACCAGUCACUGUGCCGAGGGGAGCUACGGGAGUCCCCUGCGCCACUCCACCAUCACCAGCAGCAGGUCUGAGAACGUUCUGAGCAGGUCCUCCCUCAAGACCAUCCCCAACGGGUUUCACAUCGAUACCGACGAGAUUGCAAACUCCAGCAGCGAUGCAAACUUGAAGGAUGUCUUAUCGGACUCAGACUCAGAGAUGGGCAGUGUGGAGCAGCUGGAGCAGGGCAGUGUGGAGCAGCUGGAGCAGGGCAGUGUGGAGCAUCUGGAGCAGGGCAGCACGGACACACUGGCAAACGGCUGUAAGGCUGACACUGACGCUGCCCGCAGACUCGCCAAGCGCCUCUAUCACCUGCAGGGAUUCAAGCGCUGUGAUGUUGCACGCCACCUUGGCAAGAAUAAUGAGUUUAGCAAGCUGGUGGCUGAAGAAUACGUGGGUUUCUUUGACUUCACGGGCCUGAGUCUGGACAGAGCACUCAGAAUGUUUCUGAAAGCCUUUCCUUUAAUGGGCGAGACUCAAGAAAGAGAGCGUGUUCUCAUCCACUUCUCUCAGAGAUACUGCCAGUGCAAUGCGGAGGGUGUGACCUCAGAAGAUGGGGUCCACACACUGACAUGUGCUCUCAUGCUGCUCAACACGGAUCUUCAUGGACAUAAUAUAGGGAAGAAAAUGUCCUGCCAACAGUUUAUAACCAACCUGGAUAGUCUGAACGAGGGAAAUGAUUUCCCAAAGGAUUUGUUAAAGAUUCUCUACAAUUCAAUAAAGAAUGAAAAGCUAGAAUGGGCAAUGGAUGAGGAGGAGCUGGGGAAGUCCCUGUCCGAGCUGGUCGAUGACAAAUCCGACAGCGGAGUGAAGAAGGUGACGAGGAUCGUGUACAGCAGCAACCCCUUCCUCCACAUUCCACUGGCGUCCAACGCAGCUACCUACAAGCAUGGGGUCCUGACGCGCAAGAGCCAUGCAGACAUGGACGGCAAACGAACUCCCCGAGGCAGGAGAGGGUGGAAGAAAUUCUACGCUGUUUUGAAAGGGACGAUACUGUAUCUGCAAAAGGAUGAAUACAAGCCUGACAAAGACCUUUCGGAAGUAGAUCUGAAAAAUGCCAUUCGCAUACACCAUGCCUUAGCUACAAAAGCCACAGAUUACAGCAAGCGGCCAAAUGUGCUGAAACUCAAGACAGCUGACUGGAGAGUGUUUCUCUUUCAAGCACCGAGUGAGGAAGAGAUGCUGUCCUGGAUACUGCGGAUCAAUCUGGUCGCUGCACUCUUCUCAGCCCCGGCUUUUCCAGCUGCCAUUGGCUCCAAGAAAAAAUUCUGUCGACCGCUCCUACCUUCAUCCACAACAAAACUUUCUCAGGAGGAACAGCUGAGAUCCCACGAAAACAAAUUGAAGCAGGUCGUUGAAGAAGUGGAGGAGCACAGCCUGCACCCUCCAGAUAGAAACCUCAAAUCCAAAGAGACCGAGGAAUACCGGCUCCGAGAACACUACCUGACAUUUGAGAAAAGCCGAUAUGACACAUACAUUAACCUCCUGAAGGCUAAACUGAAGGUACAAACUGAUGAUCUGGACAAAAUUGAAGCAAGUCUUUUCAGCAACGAGAAUGAUGAAAGUUACUUAAGGAAGACACAGUCAAGUCCUUCGCUAAACCAAGGACACCUUUCUAUAAACGGGAAAGCUGAAAAUGAGAUUGUGGAGCAGAAGUGUUAGAAAGAACACAGACCGCGCUGACAUCAAACCUGCUUCAGUUCACAAUGAGCACAAUGAACUAUGACACGAGACCCCAGCUGGGUGACUGUGUAACAGUUACCUAGCUGCAAACAGUAUGUAUCUUCUCUUUGUAUUAUGUGGGAAAAUGGCUCUUUUUUAGUGCUUAUAUAAAUGACUUUCCACUCAUUCCAGUCUGUGUUAUACAAGCACAUUGACUGUUACUUUGUGUGCUCAAGGACACAUGCACAUUUCCAGCCAGGCUGCUCCUUGCUGUUGCAGCUGAUUCUAUUCGUGCUUGAUUUACGGUAAUUACUUCCAGUGCAUGGCUUCUGGCAGCACAGAGACACAAUUCCUUUUUUGUUUCUCUUUAUUUCUUUUCUGAAAAUACUGUGUUGCUUCCAGCACAUCAGCUAGCAGCAGGACUGCAGUGUCACAGCUACCGAUGUUUUAACAAUAACAAAAACCAGUUGAAACAGAAAAGCACCACUAACUGCACCAAGAAUGUUGUCAGCAAACUAAGAUUAACAAUUUACUGAUUUAUAUUUGACAAUUAUUGCAAAGCAAUGGGGCUAAAUCCAUGUAUUUGUUUUUAACCAUGUAGCAACAUGGUGAAGAAAGAAAGUGUUAACAGCACUGAGUAAAUAUAUAAUUACAGGAUAAACAGUCAGGCCUACCAAACAAACCUCUGAUCUGGAACUGUCUUGCGUAAAAGCAGUUGAAAACCUAAAAUUAUUAUUAUUAUUAUUUUUUAUUCAAAUAGUAUUUAUUUUAGAAUAAAGCUGAUAGUUGUGUGUGUGCUACCCAUUAUUUGGUAUUAAGGUUGAUCAGAUCCUCUACAUUUUCUCAUGUGUGUGUCGUUCAUGGUAUUUGAUUUCCAAUUCAGCAUGGUUCAUUGCAAUAUUAUAAAAUGCUUCUUGUUGGUUUCCCACAGGACCUUUGUGAGAAAAAAGAUAAGAGUGAGACAAAUGUGUUUAUUGCACCUGUGCAAGCACCUUUGCUGACAAUUGAGAUGGGCUAGCUAAGUUAAUUGCUUCUGCUAAUGAGAUGGAUUGUGUUUGUCAUCACAGGGAAGCUCACACAUGCAUUCAGAUUGGGAGGGGUGUGCUGAUAGGGAAGCUCACACUUGUAUUCAGAUAACUCUUAAACCCUAACUCUUAAACCAUAACCCUUAAACCCCAACCCCUAACCCUAACCCAAACAUACUGUACGUCUGCUCGUAAUGGCCUUUAACCCUUUGCGUUCCUACGUAGGACCAGGUCUGACAUUACAAUGUAUCCUUUCCAGACCCUGUCCGACAUCAUCAAAAAGACGUCAAGCACAGGUCUGUAGUCGUUUUUUCUUUGGAAAAAGCCGAGAAAACGUUUGAAUGGCUGAGCAAUAAACAUAGCCCCUGCACCACAGAGAUAACACGGACACAAACAAAGAAGAUAGCUGCUUCCGCAUCCAGCACUCAAA